UACAAAGUGUCUUGUAUCGGCCGGAGGAGUGUGGUGGGAUCAUCAGUACUGUAAGCGAUCAUAAACAGUUGGACAGUGGAGGCUGGACUGGUGGCGCGGCGUUUAGUGUGUGUGGUUAUUCACGAAUAUUUUAAUUUGAUAUCACAAGUGAUGAUGGAGGGUGAGAGGGAUAUUGCUAAGGAGGCAGUGUUGGUCCACUCUGAGCCAGUACCCGAAGGAACUCCUACAGUCCAAGGCUAUGACUUCAAUGGUGGCAUCAACUACCAUGAACUUUUCCAGACAUAUAGAUAUUCUGGUUUUCAGGCAACAAGCUUUGGUUGUGCAGUGGAAGAAAUUAAAAAGAUGAUAGCCUGCAGAGACAUGCCAAUGCCAGAAAACUUCAAUGAUGAAUUGGAAGAAGAUGAAUACAUCAAAAUCCGCAAGAACUGUAAUAUUUUCCUUGGUUAUACUUCCAAUAUGGUCUCAUGUGGUGUUAGAGAAACAAUCAGGUUUUUGGUGGAGCAUAAACUGGUGGAUUGUUUGGUAACAACUGCAGGAGGCGUGGAAGAAGAUAUCAUCAAAUGCCUUGCCCCGACCUACCUUGGCGACUGGUAUAUGAAGGGAAAAGAUCUACGUGUCAAGGGUCUCAACAGAAUAGGCAACCUCAUUGUGCCAAACGACAACUACUGCAAGUUUGAGGAUUGGGUUAUGCCAAUACUUGAGACUAUGCUAGAGGAACAAAAGAGCAAGGGAACUGUAUGGACACCAUCGAAGAUUAUAGCACGUCUAGGUACUGUAAUCAAUGAUCCAUCAAGUAUUGCAUUCUGGGCAGCUAAAAACAAAAUCCCAAUCUUCAGUCCUGCACUAACAGAUGGUAGUUUAGGAGACAUGAUGUACUUCCAUGGCAUUAAGAGUCCAGGUCUUAUUGUAGAUAUUAAUGGAGACUUACGCAAGAUAAAUCAGUUUGCCAAGAAAUCCUUGAACACAGGGAUGAUUAUUGUCGGUGGGGGCAUCAUCAAACAUCACAUCUGUAAUGCCAACCUUAUGAGGAAUGGAGCCAACUUCUCUGUGUUCCUGAACACAGCGAGUGAGUGGGAUGGCAGUGACAGUGGUGCUCGACCUGAUGAGGCUGUGUCUUGGGGCAAAAUUAAAAUGGAUGCCACUCCUGUCAAAGUAUAUGGUGAAGCAUCAUUUGUGUUUCCACUUCUUGUUGGUGAGACGUUUGCAAGACAUUACUACCAAAAGUGUGGAGAAGAUGAAGCAGGUCAAGAAUCAUAAUGUCACCAUAUUAUAGCUGAAUUCUUUGUUGUAAAGCUACAGUCAUCAUGUGAUGGGAGACCAGGAGCUGAAGCAAGUCUGACUCCAACUUAUUUUGUGGCCUUCCAUGUAUACUAGGUACGACUAUUUAGAAAUUGGAACUAUAUGGCAACAUCAUUUAUUGACAAAAUAUGUUUUAUAUGAUGGCUGCAUUUUACUAAGCCGCCAUCAUGUAAAGUUGGUAGCACUUUGAGUAAAUAAUGGUGCUAUUUACGCUAGUUUAUAUUUUUCAUUGUUUUAUAUUUAGCCUGGAGUCCUACACUUAAAUCUAUAAAUGGCUUCACUGGGCUGGCGGAGAGGUUAGCUGACCUCAUUUACCUAACCUUGCCCCAAGUCAGGUCACUGCCACACCCCUAGAUUACUGCUCUCGUCACACACUGUACUCUUCCACUUAAUUCUUACAAAAACAUUUUGUUUCUGUACAUUUCCUUUGACUAUCGUUCAAUAACUUUUAGACAAUUUCUCACCGAUUUGGCUUAUUUAUCCCUCCUAAAUACAUUGUUGUUUCACAGCCACUUUCCCUCUCACUUACACUUCUGUACUUUUAUCAUUUCAGUGAAGUUAUUCAAUUUUGGUAAAUUUCUUAUCAACCUGCAGAGCCCAACAUUGCUACUGCUGUGCUAUAGGCACAAUACAUUUACAAAACCUUAGUUGCAUUUCUUAUCUUUAUCUGUGGUAUACUUUUUCCUAUUAGUUGGCCUUUUUACAGCUUUGUCCGCACUGUCACUCUCUGAUAUUUCUUUAUCUUGGCACCAAAUUGGUAAAGCAGCUAAUGACAAUGAUAUUUUAAUGUUCGCAUUAAUGCUGCAACUUUUGUUAAUUGGAUAUUUUGUAAAUAAAUUUAUAGAAUAACCAAGCUUAGAUAAUUUAAAAUUCAUCAAACACAUAAUAAUGUUUAUCUACCUUGUUAUAUGGAAUAAGUGUUUUAUAUCCACUCAGCACCACUUGGAAGAAAGAAUACAAGUGUAUAUUUUGUCAAAAAUAUACACUUGUAUUCUUAUGUACACCUACAUAACUGUAUCAUACAGAUACAGUUAUGUAGGUAUAGCUAGGCUACUCUGUGUAGUUCCAGUAAAAAUUCUGCAUUAUAAUUGUCCCUAAAUGUUUAUUCCAAAUAAAGGCAAUUAUAAUUUA